GUUGAUGCGAGGGUAAAGAAACAGGGAAAACGAGCGAGCCGUGUUGACGACAAAAACAGAGAUCGAGCAACGUUGGGCCGCGGGAGGGGAGAAGAGAUAGAGAGAAGAGCCGAAAGCGAGAGGAGGAGAGAGCCAGGAGCAUGGUCUGUGGAGGGCUGCGUUCACCGGGCAGUUACUCCGGAACCGUUGCCUUGACGACACGCAUUCGCGCAUGCGCGUAUGCGAUGCCACGGGUGCACCACGAUCGCGUCACGAGCACCAGUUGCGUUCACCACCCUCUCACCUUCACCACUAUUACAAUCUCUCCACCACCUCUUCUGGCUUCUGAAACCACCACUGUCGCCACCAUUUACCCCAUUGCUGCCUUACUGGACCCGCUCUAUUGCUUGUCAUCGCUCUGCUUCCUCGUGUUUUUUCCUGUCGUCGUUAGUGCUAUUAUUAUUAUUAUUAUUAUUGCUAUAUCACAUCAUCACUACUGGUAACACUCUGCCGCGUUAGACCAUUUUCGAUGUUCUUAUCGCUGCUUCCGGGUCUGUCAUUCUCUCCUUAUCAUUUGCAUCCACCUUGAUUGUUUCUUCUCAAUUGUUUCAUUCUCAAUCUAUCUCUUUAUAUUAUCGCUCUUCUGUUAUAUAUAUUGCAGAGACAUUGAAAAAAAGAGAGAUCACGAUAGAUUAUUAUUUUAAAUAUUAUAUUAUUGGUUGUAUCAGAGAUGUAUAUCGAGAUGUAAUUUCGUCGGUGUGAUAAUCGGUUGCAUUUUUAUCAUCAAUUUUCGACACGAACAGUUCGAAAGGGUAAUUACCACUCCAUCUCGAGAUUACCCUCUAGGUUUCGGUGAUUGCAUAGUACCGACCUUCGAUUCUUCCGUUUUCUCCUUCCCUAUCCACCUCGCCACCACCACCACCACCACCACCACCAUCAUCGCCACCACCUCCAUUACCUCCAUCACUACCACCUCCAUCUUCACCUCCAGCUUCAUCUCCACCUCCGUUUCCUCCUCCUGCUGCUCGUUUUCCCUCUCCUACGCUGUCGCAUUCUCCACCUCUUCCUCUUCCUUCUACGCGGUUCGCGUAUCGUUACUACGAGCGCCUGGUUGUCAUGCGUCGACGGUGCUUGUGAUAAGGCUCGACCGUAUCGGACUGUUCCCCGUCGAUAAUUUGCGAUCGACCCGCAAAUGUUUCGUUCCCCGUAACUCGUAUCACAGUGAUUUUACGUAUAUAUUUUCUUAUACGGGGAGAUAAUUCGCAGAUCAGUUUUCGAAUUGUUCGUGAACAAGUGCUGAUGUAUGAUACGAUAUACUAAUAUUCGAGUGUUGUUCGAUUCGAUGCUCCAUUUAUCACUUCGCGUCGAAUUCGCCGUUCAUUAUCCCCGCGUUCUUGAAAUCUGGAAAUCUGUAGUACGAAUGUCAUGCCGCCACGACGAUAAGCACGUGAGAAGCAAGAAUUUGGAAGAGAGGAACGUGGAAGGGGAAGAGAUAUGCGAUUUGAUGUAUGGUGACCGUGACUCGUGAUCGCAACUCGUGUGAGCCGAAAAUUAUUGUGUCGUUGAUCACGGACAGCUCGCUCAUCGAUAGGUCGAUACCCAUCGAUAAGGAUAUUAGUUAGUCGACGGAUCGCAAGUGCGUUCAAUGUUUUGCCAUCGUCGCGAAACCUGCCGCUGUAGCUUAGCGUUGGAAAGAACAGCGGCAGGUCGACGACGUUUUCGUUUCUCUCGGAAAGCAUGACGCCCGAUUAUUACGUGUUGUAAAUUGUGGAAACUCGAUUGUCGUGAUUCUUCGAUAAUUUCGAUCGAAACCGCGAUUGAAGAUCGAUUAAAGGAAGGAAAAUAAUAAAACGAGUAAAAAAGAGAGAGAGAGAGAGAGAGAAAGGGAAGAAGAUACGUGUUGUAAAUUGUGGAAACUCGAUUGUCGUGAUUCUUCGAUAAUUUCGAUCGAAACCGCGAUUGAAGAUAGAUUAAAGAAAGGAAAAUAAUAAAACGAGUCUCAUAAAAGAGAGAGAAAGGGAAGAAGAUACAAGGGAAUGUAAAAAUUUUGACGAAGAAACGUCGCAAGAAUUUCUUUUCGUUUUCUUUCGUUUCGAGAAGAACGUUUCCCCCCCGAAAACAUGGAAUUUUUCGGACUCGAAAAAUACGAUUACCACUCGUUGCUUCUGGGACGCGCAACAUUUGCUCUCCACUUUCAAAUCAAAUAAUAGAAUUAAUACUUCUCGAUUCGAGAAUCCAAAGAUUCUCUCCCCUUUCACAAAGUUUCAAAGAGGAUUAAGAAAAAGAAAAAAGAAGAAGAUAUGACACCUUGGAGACUUUGAGAUCAACCACGAGUUGUCUCUCCUUCCUUCGUCGAUCGCAAUAAAAAACGAACGGUAUCGCGAAAAAUGAUCACUCGUUUCGUUGCUCGGAACGAUCGUUCGGCUGUUCGAUUCGAAGCGAGUCGCAACGAUCCCCGUUCGAUGUAAAGAAAGAAGAGAGGAGGGUGAAGUUUGAAAAGUUGAACGAUCAUCCACAUCCUGGAUGCUACGCGAUCCGGUGGAAUCCGGAGGAACGGAAUUCGAGAUUCGACUCCACAAUAAUUGCGGAGCAUGCUCGUCCGGAAGGAGGAAGGGGCAACGGUAACUACACUGACAGAUAUUCCGGAAGAAUCGUGGAAGAACGAUAAUUUGAUAGGACGGGGUGGGGACAGAGUUUCGCCGAUCCUCCGUUAUCGAAAUCGGUCGGGAGACGAGGGAAAAGGAAGAUUAGAGGAGGAUUUUCUAUGCUGGGAUCGUAGAGCAGGCGAAGAGAGAAAUUCGAUAGCAGGAUAGUGGAUAGUCGUCGUGGGCAGGGUCGAUAAGGAGGGAAACGGGUAUUUAAAGAUAAAAAAAAGAAAAGAAAAAUAGCGUCGUUGGUGCGUCGUGGAAUCGUGAAAGGACGCGAAUCGAAGAGGGUGACGCGAGAAAAUUUUUCGAAAAUUGGAUGGUUCGAAGGGGAUUGUUGUUGGACGUGUUGGCGAGGCCGAUUUGGGAGCAGUUAGAGGCAAAGUCAGACACGGGAUCAAGGUGUUCAAGGUUGGGGAAGAUCUCGAGGUCGGUGCAAGAGUUGGAGUCGGUGUUGGAGCUAGAGUUAGAAUCGGAGAAGCAACGUUUCUACGAUUCUCCGCCACCACGGAUGGACGUGAGCGUGUGCUGUUUGCCCGCCAGUGCCGGCUCGGGGGCCCAGCACCCUCAUCCAGCGAGUUUGCCCUCAGGCGGACAGCCGACGAUCCAGCAACCCUAUCAGUAUGCCGAUCAGAUAGUACCGGAUCGGGGUCAACCCGACGGAUUGCCGGUGCUCGGUUGUACCGGUCAGGACAACUGGCAGCAGAUAUCCUCCGCUUCGAACGUGGUCGGCGCUGUUACCGCCGCAGCGACCGCCACCACCACCUACAUCGAUUACUCCUGGUUGCAGAUGCAGCAGACCUCGGACCUGGACACGUUGCUGUGUAGACAGGACCUCGACCGGCUGCAGAAACUCGACGAGGAUGACCCGGAGAAGGAGCCCAGGGAGUCCUCGGUCCAGAUGGAGGACUUCUUCGAGGUCGGGGGGCCCGUGUGCCGGCCGCAGGCGAGUUUCGUCUCGUCGAGGAGUCAACCCCCCGCGGCCAACGACGACGACGUGUUCCUCAGGCCGCCCCUCUGGGAGGACAUUACCUCGAGCAUACAAAAGCUCGACCCGGAGAACGCCGACAUGUUGGGCUCCCAGUCCCACGUGAAAAUGGAGACCGACGACGUCACCUCCCCCGUAUUGUCGCCCGUCGAGAUCAAAACCGAGCCGUUGCCUCCGCCACCGACCCUGCACCUCCUCGAGGGCCCUGCCCCCAACUCGACCUACGCGAACGGCCCUCACCCUAACCCCUCCACCGGCCCCCAAGUCGUUCACCACCGGCCACCGCCGUCCACCUUCAAAACCUUCCCCAACAACAACAACAACAAUAACAACAAUAAUAACAAUAACAACAACAACAACAGCAGCGGUGGCGCGAACGGCAAACACGACAACAACAGCAGCAGCAACGGAGCCAGCAACGCAAACAACAACAACAACAACAGCAGCAGCAACAACAGUAACGGGAACAGCAAUAACAACAGCAACGACUCGACGACGACCGGCCACCACGGGGGCAACAAUCAGAUCGGUGGUAGCGCGACGUCACCCCUCUACGGCUCCAUGACUAGGUUAAUGUACAUUUCCCCGCUGACGCCCCCGAUUUCCGACCCCGGCUCGCCGAUAGGGGCGCCACCGAGGCGGACACCGCCUCCACCCUAUCCCCAGCCGUCCAUUAUGAAUCCCCCUCACAGGAUUCAACCUCCCGCAAUCACCACCAAAUUCAACAGGCGGAACAAUCCCGAGUUGGAGAAGAGGCGCGUUCAUCACUGUGAUUUCAUAGGUUGUACAAAGGUCUACACGAAGAGUUCACAUUUAAAGGCGCAUCAGCGGAUACACACAGGUGAAAAACCGUACCAGUGUCAGUGGCCAGAAUGCGAAUGGCGAUUCGCCCGAAGCGACGAAUUAACUCGUCACUAUCGAAAGCAUACUGGCGCGAAACCCUUCAAGUGUGCCGUGUGCGAGCGUUCCUUCGCCAGGAGCGAUCACCUCGCCCUCCACAUGAAACGGCAUCUUCCGAAGCAGCACGCCAAGUGACCGUACCGCUCCUCCGAGACUCCUCCGUCUCCGUCUUCGUCUUCGCCGAGCGACUCCUCGAACGCGCGCCCUCCCGACGAUCUCCUUCAGCCUUUCUCAACCGUACCAGCAACAAACUCACAACUCACUUCCUUCAUUUAUUGAUCGAUAAUUUGAAGAUUAAGUCAUUCGAGAUCGUUCAUUUAUUUUUCUAAUUCGUCUAUAUCGAAUUGAUUCUAUUUGAAUUUCCUCGUGAAAUUUCGUUCAUGUCAAAAAAAUCAGAAGAUAGAUAGCAAGUUAAUAAAUGUAAUUCUCUAAUGGCUUAAAUAUGUUCAUUAGAAAUAACAGUGGCUGGACCACUACUACUUUUCUGCUCUACAUAUCUCGCCGUUUUGAAUAAAUAAAUGCGAAUGUAAAUUGCGUUCGAGUCUUGAUUUCUUUCAAAUUUCUUUCAAAAAUUUAUUCCGUUGCUUGAUAAACAACACGCUUCUCGAACGAAUUCUCGAUCCAAUAUUUAAUUGUCAUGUAAAAAAAUUAAUGGAACGUAUGCGGCGAAAAAUUGUGACGAAAUCGUUCCGAGAAUAUAUGCGAGUAGUUUUAAGGAAUUACCAUUGUUAUGCCGACGAUAAAACGUUAAAAUUUCUAAAAUUUCACUUGCGCGAAGAAAAUGAAGCGAGAAAGGCUAGAAAUCUUUUGCGAGUAUACCGGAAGCUGGUACGCGCAUAAUGGCAUCUAGGUAUUUUGUGUAACUAAGUUAACCAGAAUAGAGAGGGAUCCUGAUGCAGGGGAACGCGGGUGUCGAAAAAGAAAUUUAUCAUUCCCGUUAAUUUAUUUGUCUGUGUAUAUAAAUAACAAUAACAAGUGUUAAGAAACUGUUUGUUCGUGAUUUAUCUAUAUCGCUAUAAUUUUCUGUCGCUCGUAUUCCCUUGCGUUUGAAUCCUCCCUCCCGUCCCGCAACUAGAGGAGUUAGUCUAGAUUCUUUCGAACGAUCGUCAAAUCCAUAAACUAUCGAUCUACGUGAAAAGAAUCGUUUUAUUAUAGUGAUGCCUUAUGUACAAAUUUAUUUAGGUACGUAACGUGUAUGUAUACGUAUACGUAUGUAUGUAUGUGUAUAAUUAUAUACACGGAUAUGCAUAUAUAUAAAUAUAUAUAUAUAUAUAAAUAUAUACGUACAGAGAAAAUAUCACGCCGCGUCCUUUGUGGCUGAAAAGGUCUAUGCACUUAUGUGUGUGUAUACGUGUAAAAAAAAUUUGCGAUGCAUAUCCAAUACUUAUGUAGUUAGUGUAAUAUUAAUCUGUAUAGUAUGCGAUUUAAAUAUUCGAACCGAUAAUAUUCGCGUUCGCCGGUUUCCACGAUUUUAUCGAUUAUCUUGUUUAUUAUUCGCAAAAAUGGUGCGCGUAAUUACACGUAGAUACGAUAGACGACAGAACGACUUGCUUAUUAGUCGUUUCGGUUAAAAACGAGAGGAAAAAAAAAAAAAAUGAAAAAAAAAAAAAUGAAAAAAAAAAAAAAAAAAAGAUUUUCGCGAAGCAAUCUUUCCUUACGUUACGUUUUGUCGUGUUUCUCUCUGUUCUCUCCGUGUGUCUCUCCGUUUUUCUCUUAUUUGGCAUCUUGGAUCAUUAAAUGCGAGAGAUUAAGAUGUACUUAAUAUUUUCGCUUCUUUCUACAUGUAAAAAAAAAAAAAACCAAAAAUGUAAUGAUCAUUUCAUAAAAAUACCCGUUAUUAUAUUUGUUCGUUUUAUUAUUCGUUUUAUAUAACGAAGAUAGUUAAAAACGAAUUUGAUUUAGGUUUCGUUUUAAAAUGUUUACGUUUCGAUUACGACUUUUAAUUAGAUUUUUUUGUUCAAUAAUCUUUUUGUCUUCUCGAUAUUCGAAAGUAGACAAUCUAUGAAUAUAAAAAUUUUAACGAUGUUUAAUUCACAAACGUAUAGUACGAAUUCACGAAUCUAUGCUAUAAGCAUCAACAUAUGCUAUUAUUCUUUGAGAUAAAGAUUAAACCUGCUUCGCGAUUUUUUUAUUUAACCCGCAUUACCUCAUUUUUUUCGGCACUUUUCUUCCAUGCCCGAUAUACAAUUACACACAAUUCAUUCACUAGGCCAACAAUUUUAACACAGAUAUACCUCAUUUUACCGAAAUAGAAAAAUUGAAAGCGGUUGUGACGAAAUUUUACGCAUUCUCCUACACGAUUUCCUAGAAUUUUGUUUAUAAUGUUUGUAAAUCGCUGUAAUUUGUGUGUUGUGUAAUUUAAAUAUAUAUAUCACGAUAUAUACGUAUUA